GGCGAUGUUGCUGAAGCUGUGAGUGUGUGGGCAGCAUUCAUCUCACCUUCAGCUUUAUUUACAGCACGAAGUGGUCUGAAAGCGACCAACAUCUUUCCAUUCUUCUUGGGAAACGUUAUGAAAUUAUCCCAUCAUGAAGUCAGAAGAGCUCAAAGAUUUAACGAAGAAUUGAGAAAAUGUUUCAGAUAUACCUUGGAUUUUAUGUGAUUUUAUUCCUGUUCCAGGGUGGUGGCUCGACACGUAUUGUUAAAGACGGAGAUGAUGUAUCAGUCGAGUGUGUCCCAGGCAUCUCUGGCACUUUGACAUUCUGGUUUCGGAUUCAAAAUGACGGCCCAAAGUUUUUAUUUACUAGUAAAAACACAGAAGUUAAAGCUACUGAUGUUCCUGAAAACUACAAAGUAAAGGUUUCAGGUGACAAGAUGGGUUUGACCAUUCAGAAGUUCAAUAAAAAGAAAGAUAGUGGUGUGUACACCUGUGCCGGUAUGAACAACAACAUGCUUCGUUUUGGAAAACAAACUACUAUUAAUGGAGAACCAGAUCCAACAACACAACCUCCAAAAAAAGCUCCAGCACCAACCAAGGCAAUGUCCGAUAUUGUAGCAACGACAAAAACACAGUGUGCAUGCAACAAAAAAGUUGCAGACUUGAAGUCUUUCCUGAACUGUGAGACUUGGAUAUUAUCAUCUUUGGCAUCUGGCUGUGGACUUCUCCUUCUUAUCCUGGUCAUCACAAUUUUGUACUGCAACCGUAUAAGAACAAGACGAUGUCCUCACCAUUACAAAAGACAUCCUCAGAACAGACCCACAGGACACGCUAAACUACCCGACAGCCACUUUUAGAUCUGGGGAAGAUGAAGAAAAGCACAAUACUGGUUCAAGAAUUUUAAUUUAGUUUCUAAUCGGUAUGUAAGGUUAAAUGCAGUUUCCUCUUAUGACUAUAAGAUGAUUUUAUACUUUAAGUUCUUUCUUUGUAUUUUCUUUAACACGUGUGCCAUUUGUUUAAGAAACUUUGAACAUUGACAACAAUCAGAGAUCACAUAUUUUAUAAUUUUUCUGAAAUGUCUGGUAAAAUUAUUUGUUUCAUGUUUGUUUUAAUAUGUCUAUAUUAAGUAUAUAGUUUUUUUUAUUAGUGCUUUCAUUUAAUUAAAACAGUUGUAUUAUUGUAACAUGAGUGUUUUAAAGAGCUAAUGUGCCAUCUGCUGGCCAUAAGUAGAUCUAUCACCAAUGAUCAUUAUGGGGUGGUUCCCCGGAAAGAGAUUAGUUUAAGCCAUAUGCCUUAGUUUAAUUAGAAAGUAUAACUAGUUUUGACAAACAUGCCUUACUAAAAACAUUACUUGUGUGCAUUUUGAGGCAAAACAAAGUGCACUGAUGUAUUUUAAGAUAUGUCAAUGCAAGUUGUUUUCAGUUUGGACAGCUCUUACAUUUAUUUUAGUCUAGGACUAGUCUAAUCCCUGUCCGGGAAACCACCCCUGUGUUUAGAUACUCAAAUAGGGAAAUAAAAUGAUAAAAUAUAGAUUACACACUCUGAAAAAAUUAUUUUAUUUUCAACCCACACUGUAAAAAAAUUCUGAAGAAUUUACAAUGUUAUUGCAGGUGGGUUGCCGGUAAUUUACAGUAGAUUUACAUUUAUGUUAUUUACUGGCAAGAGUUUGUUCAAAGUUAAAUAAAUGUUAAAUAUUAACAAGUCUUUAUCUUUACAGAAUAAAACUAUACAAUAACAGCCUCAUGCAAAGCAUUCUGGGAACCAGAAAUCAUCAUCAACCUUUUUCUGUUUUUUGCUUCAGAUUUUGUUUCCAGAAUGAUUUGCUUGAUGCUGUUUUUUUAGUUUUACUCUGUAAAGACAAAGACUUGUAAAUGUUUAAUGUUCAUUUAACUUUGAACAAAAUGUUGCCAGUAAAAAACAUAAAUUUAAAUCUACGGUAAGUUACCGGCAACCCAGCUGCAAUUUCUAUGGAAUUUUUUUACAGUGCAGUUUUGGGCCAAAUAGGGCUGAGCCCGUUUAGUUAAAUGAACACAGAAAAUACUUAUAUUUGACCCAACAAUGGGUUAAAACAUCCCAGCAUUGGUAAAAUUACAACCCAUCGUGCUGGGUUCAUCCCUUUUUGACCUAACGCUGGGUUGAAAAUAACCCAGCAUUUUUUACUGUAGAUUUUAAACAAAUGCUGGGUUAUUUUUAACCUAGCAUUGUGUCAAAAAAUGACGAUUUUAAGAUAUGCUGGGUUGUUUUAAUCCAUUGUUUGGUCAAAUAUAAAAAUUUUCUGUGUUAAUUUAACAAGUUGGGCUUGUCCCUUUUUGAACCAAUGCUGGAUUGAAAAUAACCCAGCAUUUUUUGUAGUGUAUUGUAAUGUUAAGUGAAACAAAAAGUACAUUAGUUGUUUUUAGUUUACGUUCUAGUUCAGCUUUACAGAAUAAACUGCAGUGAUGUUGAUGUAUGUUGCUAUGUUUGCUGUACAUUUUGAGAUAAAAGAAUAAAUAAGCCUACUGUA